AUGGCCGCCGAAUGCUACGCCAACAACGGAUCGCUCUAUGCAAACACCGCGGCCACGUACGUGCCCUGCAACAUAACGGCCGUUGAAAAUGGCGAACACUCUUCUUGUUGCGCCAUCGGAGAUCUUUGCAUGACCAACGGCUUGUGUAUGGAGCAACAGAAUGAGCAAAAAGGCGCAAACCACUACUGGCGCAACGGCUGUACCGACAAAACAUGGAAGGAUCCCGCAUGCCCUAAUUACUGUCGGGGCAAAGCCCGCUCACAUCUGGACAUAGAGGAACCCGACCACUUCAACGCUUUCAUCUUUUACUGCUUCGACCCUACAAAUGAUUUCUGCUGCGCACCACAAGGCACGCUUGAGGCAGGAGUCACCGGACGUAAUACGAGUUGCUGUAACGAUGAUGAUUUGGUGUUCCAGGCCGCUGCGCCAGUCAUAGAAGGGACUGCAGCCGCAGCACUCCCGCGGCUCACCACCACGUCCUCCAUCAGUGCUUUUACUUCCUCAGCGUCCACCAGCAGACAGCCAACAUCCGGAACCUCCAUGGCUGCAGCCACCACAACCGCACAAUCGGAGACCGCAACUCCAACCGCAUCGGCCGAGUCGUCUGGCAUGUCGUCAGGCGCAAAAGCAGGCCUGGGAGUCGGUGUCACAUUAGGUGUCGUUGCAGUCCUUGCGAUCGUGGGUGCUGUGUUCUUAAUGCGACGGAGAAAGGCAAACCGUCACAACAACGCGAUACUCCUCUCAGAUUCGAAAGCCAAUCCGCCGCCAUAUAUCACGUACGAAUCGGCAGGAACCGUACGCGCAGAACUUGAAGGGACUAUGUUGCCAGCGGAGAUGCAUCAUGCUUCGGACAAGAUGGGCAGCACAACCAGUGCCAGCAAAGAGAUCAGCCCAUCGACUCCGACGAAAGAGGAUACUAUAACAAAGUACUCUUAG